ACAAUCGAUAUUUCUGACACAAAGAGAAAUUUUUUCAUUAGGGCACCUAUUAGUUUCCCGACGUAUUUUCUCUUUGCAAUUUUAGAUGUACGAUUGGCAGCAGCUGUGUUUACGUUGUGUGCAAGGUGGUGGUUUGUUAUGAAUAUAUAUGUGUGCUGUAUUGCAAAACACAAUGAGUGUUGUGAAGAGAAAAUUUGUAAAAAGACUUAACAAUGACUGGGAAGUGUAUGUUUCAGCAAAAUACCCAGACAAAUAUUUUUAUUUCAACUUAAGGACUGGAGUUACGACUUGGGAACCUCCUGAUCCAGAUGAAGACGUGCAAAUUAAGCAGGAAGAAGAGAGUGGUUAUUUUCCCACAGACCCCGAGUGUAGGACACUGAGAGUUGGAUGUAUGAGUACAAAUUCUGAUACCAAGUCACCUGACAAUCCACAUGAACGGAGGACUAUUACAAUGACAAAUGAAAGAUGUGCUCCUAUUUCUGGGGCUAAGGUGGUUCCUACUUCAUUAAAUACAGGUCGCUUUGUGAAAGAAGAGCCUACAUAUCCUGAGUUGACAAUUGAUGAAACGGUUCGUGGCAGUCAUGAAACAUCAGACAAUUCUAGCUCUUCGAACAACAGACUUAAUAUUAGUAGAAACAAUAUAAAUUAUGAACAAGGAAAAUCUGAAGUGCAAGGAACUGGCAGAGUUAAGUUAAAGCGACGUUGGGUGGAAUCUGAAGAUUCAAGUGCUUCUUGUGAUCAAGUCAAUGCCAAAAAACAAACUGGUGUCAGCAGGAGCUCUGGUCUGAAUACUGGCCAAAUCAGUCAUAAAUUUACAGCUUCUGGGUCAACGCAGGCAGCUGAAAGUGGAAUGCAGAGCAAUUUUACUGAAAAAGCAAGAAAAACUGGCUCUGUUGCUGGGAUAGCAGAACAGAGGUUGGUUCGUUUAAGGAAGGUACUGGAAAAACAGAAAACUCUGUCAUCAAGAAAAAAUAGCAACAUCUCUGCAUCUUCUUUGCCAGAAAAACGAAGUCCCAGGGCUACAAAACCAUCGGUCACUGAUAGGGAGGCCAACUCUCCCACAAGGAGUAAUACUGUUAAACAAGGUGAAAAGUUUUUGUCGACUCAAGGAAAUGCCAGGGCCACAAAUACUGUUCCUGAUAGGAAAGUCAUCUCUCCCACAGACAGUAUUACUACGAAAUGGCGUGAACAAUUUUCACCUCCUCAAGGAAGUCACAUAUCUGGAAAUAUUGGUGUUUCUGAUGGGAGUCGUGUAUCUUCCACGCAGAAUAUUGGUACCAAACAAUUUAAACAAUUUUCACCUGAAAAAGGUUCACGUCGCAAGAAGAAUAUAGCUGCUAAUCGGUUGAAAGUUUUACAGGAUCAAUUGAAAAAAGAUCGAAAAACAUUGCAAGGAAAUCAGAACAAGAAUGUGCAACCUAAACAACCAAUUUGUGUUGUUGUACAUGACUCACACAGAACCAAUGAUGAAGCAGAGUUUUUGAAAGCAGAAGAACAAAUGCUAAUGGAUGUGCAAGAAUUACGAGAAGAAAUUCAUAAGGCAGGUGGUGUGAACCCUGAAGAAAUAGAGGAAAUGAUUUGUGAAAUAAUACCAUCUUCAUUUCCUGAUACAAAAUCCAAUUUGUAUAUUGUUUCGGACACCAAUGUCCUGGUCUCCAACUGUCAGUCCAUUGACAAACUUUGCAAUACAAAUGUAGAAGGAAUUGGCUGUCCAGUUUUCAUCAUUCCGUGGAUGGUUCUACAUGAACUGGAUAUUUUAAAGGACAGAAGAGAUGUAACAAAGAGCAAGAUGACAGCAGUACGAGCACAGAAGGCCAUUACAUUCCUGCACAAAUGUUUUUCAACCAAACAUCCUCGAGUCAUAGGACAGACCGUGUCCGACGCUGGCCCUGAUGCUCUUAGUGGCUUAUGUAAUCCUGACAACAGCAUUCUUCAGUGCUGCCUACAACAAAUGGGACUGGGCCGCAAAGUGGUGCUGCUUAGUGAUGACAAGAAUUUGCAGAAUAAAUGUAUGGUAAAUGGAAUUGAUGCGGUUGGCAAAAGUGAUUUAAAGAAUUACUUAGAAAAAUUGAGUAAACAGAAUAAAAAUAAGCCAGAAGCGGCAAAGACACUUACUUCCAAUCAGGGAGAGUCAUCAUUCGAAGAAUCUGAUGUAAAAGUUAAUAUUUUAGUCACAAACCUGAUGCACUGUGCAAAAGAAGUACUUUCAAAGAUUAUUGUGCAAGAAAUGGGAAGUGCAUAUGGUGACAAGUGGAUUGAUGUUAUUUGUGUGAAGCCACCUUUUUCUCUCAAUGAUAUUUUUACCUGUCUGAUGCAGCACUGGAUGGCUGUGUUCGGACUGGUAAUGAGCAAAAACAGCUUGGCUACAGUGAAGGAACUCAGAAAACUGUGUGAAUCUCCUCGUGAAAAGAAUCAAGGUUGUAGAAUAUCCAUAGAAGAUGUGAAGAACAUUGCAAUCAGAUUUGCACGCCUUACUUCUGAGUUUGUGAAACCACUCUACAGUAAAUUGAUAAAAGAAGCACAGUUGUACUUAGAGAAUUUAAUCAGUGAUUGUGAGAAUCAAUUUUCACAUUCAGAGUUGAAAACUUCUGUGACGUUCAGUGAACCAUCCCCUGGUUGGGUAGUGUCCAAACACCUAGUUGUUGUUGAAAACAUUAGAAAGAUAUGCAUUGCUCUAGUGGAGCUUUGUCAACAACUGCGGAUGGUAAUAGCUCAGGACCAGAGCUUGGUACAAGCAAGACUACAGGUAGUACUCUCUGAAGAUGAUUUAAAAACAUGGGUGUCAUAUUUUUAUGGGCCUGUAUCAAACCUGUAUUUAAUAAUGGAAAGUGUUGCUGGAGCUAAAGAAGCCCAGGCCAUGCGCUCUCCAGAAAUGGUCCCAGUAAUGGACCAUAUGUUCAAAGAUUUUUCUGAACUGUACAGAUUAAUUUCAUCAGGGCAGCAGGUGGAGUUCACCAUUGAGGAUAUGUUCUCAUUCUUUGAAGAUAGUGAAACAAGUGAUAUACUUAAGGAAAUUAAAGAACAGUUCCAUAAUUGUGGAGUUAUAAUGAGGCAAGCUGUUGAUCAUUUUUCUGAAAAAGACCUCAUCCCUUUCUCCAACAAUAAUAGUGCUGAUAACAGCAUUUCACUGGAUGAUGUGGAAAUGGAAGAACAGUUCAGUGACACCGAUAAAUCUCCCUGACUGAAUUUCUUUGAAAUUGUAAAAUAUCUCUCCUUACCUGCAGCUAUCAACUCUCAGAGUUGUAAAUUUUAGUUGUAUGUCUUGUAAGUCUGUAUCAUCCUUAUCUUAUGCCUUAUGUACACAAUGUGUCUGUCCCAAGAGUCAUCAGGCUCACUUUCUGUUGUAUUUUGGCUUAUAUUUUCAAUUUUGUUUUUGCAAUGUAUAGUGGAGCCAGCUCUAACAAAUACUGCUUAUCACAAAACUUUCACUUGAAGCCUGUUGUCUAUGGAAAGUAUCAGUUUGUUUCCCAUUACCAUUAAAAUGAUUUCUAAAGCAAAUUUUUAUGUGCUAUGUUUUUUUAAGUGGUACCAACUUAGUCUAGUGCAAUAUUCAUGUUAUCAAUAUGUAUCAACAGGAACAGUAAUAUUCUAAGAAUUGCCAGUACUCCAGCCUUGAUUAACAUUCUGCCAUGCUCCGCGCUGCCUGCUCGUGCCAUGCAGCAUCAACACUUUAGUUGCUGUUGGAGUACUAUUUAUUAUUUUUGUUUUACUCUCCCCGUUAUGAAAUAUGUUGGAGUACUAUUUUUUUUUUGUUUACUCUCCCUGUUAUGAAAUAUUGUAAAAAUGAAUAUCACACUAAACUAAUUUGGGAUUGGUAUGUCAAGUAAGCAGUAAAACUCUGCCUUAAAAUAAUUUUGCUUGUAACGAGAAACAAACAAAUGCUUUCUACUGAGAAUGGACGUCACGUGAAAUGUGUGAUGUGCAGUAUUUGUUUGUGCUGACUCCUUCUACACAUUGCAAAGACCUCCCAAAAUACCAGAGAAAAUGCGCUUAAUGACACUUGUACCUGUAUAUACCUGUGUGUGUUUGUACAUAGAACCAUAUUUGUUUGUGAAAGGAAAAUUUUGAUUUUUGUUUUGAUUUUUACUACAGUUCAUGCAAACUGGACACACAUAUGUACAAGAGGGGAAAUCAAGGGAUGGAAAGAGUAUUUCGGUACAACGGAUGAGCAGUGAGACUAGAGGCAGUACUGUCAUACAUAGGAAAGUGUAAGAAGGGUUUAUUUUACAAGUAUAUCCAUAUGAAAUAUACUAUUCAGUCAUAAGCAAACAGCAGCUCGGCUAUUAAGAAGACAUUUAAAAAUCUUUUGAAUAAUUAAAGAUACAGUUGUUCAUACAAGUAAUACGUUUCAUCUUUUGAUUUAAUACUAUGGAUCAUUCUCUGUCACUAUUGCCACAUGUAAGAACACAUUUAGAAAAUGCUCCAGGCUAUGUUUAUUCAACCUUUGCAACCAUGUCUGUUUCAUAUCGACUGAUGGUGUCAGUUGAUUUACUUUCAUGUUUACCUGUGGAAACAGCAUUGCUUCUAUCACUGUGACUAUCACUAUUCAAAUCUGUAUCACUUCCCACAUAUAUGAUCAUCACCAGUGGUUAGUCUGAUAAUCAUUCACUUGAAAUGUACUGCUCUUCAGUUUUCUUUAUGCUGUCACAGUGUGUCUUCCAUUCUUAUUUUGUUGUGAAAGAAUUUGUUCAUUUAUAAGUUUUAGUAAUAAGUCUAUUCAGAUGCCACGUUAAGCUCAGAAACACUGUUUUUGAUACUUGCUCAUAUCAGCACUAUAGGAUUUAAUUCUGGCUGAUACAGAAAAAGUUGUAAUAUGGCAUGACUAUGUUUGAUUAAAAUACUGUUUGUUUUAUAAGUGUCCUGGCCUGGUUUGUUCAUUUGGAUCACUGAAAAUAACUGUGGUCUCAGCAUGUUCUUGUGAAAAAGAAUUAUCUUCUUUGUUAACCAGGAAAUCAUUUUCAGCACACACUAUAAUGAGUUGUCACUCCACCUGUACAACAAAUGUCAACAUAUGUCACAUCCGUAAAGACAAUUGGACGACACUCACAUCUAUGCUCUCUGAUACUUUUUAAGUAAGUUAUCUGUUAUUACCUGAUACGACUUUAUUCUGCUUGUACACGAAUCUUAGAAUUCAAAGAAUUUUAUGAAGUGUGCUUAUACUUCCUCUGGUAUUUAUUGAACUCUCUCUAAUUUUGUAUGCCUUUUCUUUAAAUUAGGUCUCCUUUCUUUGUAAUUUAGAAAUUAUUUGCCAUGUGGUGACAAACAUGUUCAUUAAAAUUGCCUAAACUGAUCCUCCAAGAUAUUUUUGGCAUUUAUGUAUGAGUGUUGGAAAUGUUGAGAAUUCAUCUGCGUGGACUCUUUCCAGUUCUCUCUUGGUUUGCCAGAUGGAAGUAAAUGAAACACCAGUUGCUUCAUCCACUCAUUUCAGUGUGGAUUAUAGUCCCAGUGGAGCAUGUAACACAGCUUCUUUGUUCAUAAACUGGUACACAUAUUCAACCACUUUGCAUGUUUGACUGUGAAGAAUUUUUCCAUGACUUGCUUUGUACUAGUGGCAUCUUCAACUUUGAAUGUGCUCUCCCAGAGUAUUUCCAACUGUCACUCCACCUGACAUGAUAGCAGUACAUCUGAUUGUGGUGAUCGACUGAGAUGGCCAACUGCACAUCUUGUUUACAGUGUAAAGUUCUGUUUGCAUGAACUGUAUGUAUGAAUAUAUUUUUUGUAUUAUUUACUGAAGGUAUGGCCACUUCAGUAUAUAUUCUGUGAUAUAUGUUAGAGGCUGCAAACCUUGUAAUGUGUGUAUAUGUCAAUUAUUGUAAAUGUUACUUCAAAGAAACUCUAAAUGGACCAAUAUGUGAAUCCACAGUCAAGGCAUAAAAUUACUAGUCACUUUGUGGAAAGUGUAUUUCAGUAUAUAUAUUUCUUUUGUUACUUCAUGUGAAUAAAUUAUAUUGAAAUAGAAUAUUGUUUUAAUAUAAUGUACAGAGGACUUAUAGUUAAAUAUCACUUUUACGAAGUAUAAAAAACUGUGAUGUUCAUACUCCUAAUAAUUACUUAUCUAAAGCUAUUUUGGUACACUGUUAAUUUGUAGAAGUGUUAUAUUUUUGUGUAUAAUUCAAGAAAAAAGUUUGCUCAACUUAACAUUUAUUUAUGAGGACCAUCUAAUGUGUUUUUUUGAUAGUAUUAUGAUUAAUGAAGUAUAUAAAGGUAGUAAAAUCUGCAUUUGUAUUGCAUAAAAACCUUUAAUUGAAAUGGUUCAUGACACUAUCAAAACAGUGAAAACAAAUUGUAGAGUUCACAAUUCAGUUUUUGGUCUUUUUUAUGUUUGUCAGAUAAACUUCCAAAGACAAGCAUUUCCUGUUCAACCAUUGUUCAAGUGAAGAUGGCCAAAAGCUGAAAUUUCAGUGAUAAAGCUGAACUCUCAGUGGUAUCCCUUCAGUUCAGUUACUCCAUAAAUAAUUAUUAUCAGAAACUAUAAGAUUCUUCAUUUUCAUUAUAGUUUGUAUUGAAACAGAGAGGCUUCUUUAUGUAAGAGCUUUGUUUAUUUUGAACUCUGCUUACAUCUAUAAGAGCUACACAUGCUCACAACAAGAGCCCAACCCAUGUAGCAUUUCUUUUUGCACAAUAUCAUGUUGAAUGUUUAUUUUGACAAAGAUAGGAUAUAUUUCAUGACUUGAUUUGCCAUUUUCUGCUUGGUGAUCAGCUUUGGUUAAAUUGCUGCUGGAUGUAACAUUCCAAUUCCUGCCUUGGACAGCAAACUGCCGUGCUGUAUCCUGGAAGAAACUCAAACAGCAUCAAAACAAACAAAUAUUAUCGAACUAAAAAUUAAAAUUAUAACUUGAUUCAUUGUAAUCAGCUUACUCAUUUAUACAUAGUAUGUGAUCUGUCACUCCCUGCGGGGUUAACACCAAGUUAAAAUACAUAUAAAUUUAGCCCCUCACAUAUGCUGCACCUUCCACUUUCGAUUGCAUUAGUUAUAUUCAGUUUGUUUACUUGAGUCACUGGCCCUUUUUCAGAAAAUUUGUACAGUUGCCACACCAGGUAAGUAUAUAACCACCAAGAUUUUUAUUGAACAAAUUUAAAAAAGUUGCUAGUUAAUUCAAUAGCCACGUAUGAUUUACUACAACAACUUGAUGAUACUGCAACAUCUACUGACUAUCCAUGAUUAUUGUCAACAAAGUAACAAGUAUGAUACAUGACAAAAAUCUUUGCAUUUAGUAAUUAAUAGUAACUACAAAGAAAAGAUGCAACUUAAUUCAUCAAAUGAAUUACUUAUGCAUGUUUCUGUAAUUUAUUUCUCUAUCUACUAUUGUUGUGGAAAGAAGACUUUGGUCCAUGAAGGUAUCACUGGAAUGGAAUCUUGAAUAAUGGUAACCUUUUGAAACUUAAUAGAAAUCACUCUCCAUUUAAUUCAGUCUACAGAAAGAAUACACUAUCAUCUAAUGUAGCCUGCUACCUUGUAACUGCUAUAAGUAAAGAGCUUAACAUGAAUCUCCUCUCUACACUCUACACUUGACACUUGUGUGUAGCUUCUCUGUGCUACUAGUCAAAAAUAGGCAAUUUUGUAAUUUAGAAGUUUGUGAACUGAGGUUUUGUAUUUCAGUUACCUGAAUUCUUGUUUUUAUCAUGAGUUCUUCUUUUAAGUGCAAAACAACUUAUUUUUUGUGUUAAACAAAUACCUGAAGUGGCAAUCUGUAGGACUGAUUUUUGUGGCUUUUAAGAAGUGAAAAUUUGUACAAUAAAUUGUGUUAAAUGA